AUGGCGACGGGCCCCGCGACUCAAUCCCUGAAGUGCGUGGUGACCGGAGACGGUGCUGUCGGCAAAACAUGUCUUCUGAUCUCCUACACAACAAAUGCUUUCCCGGGGGAGUACAUCCCGACCGUGUUCGUUCCCAUCUGUCCCUCCUCCUCCCCCUUGGUCUCUGGCCUCCGGCCUCAGUACACUAGGAAUAUCCAGCGCAUUCGUGCUGACAACAUCAAUAGAUUCGACAAUUAUACUGCCAGCGUUAUGGUCGACGGCCGUCCUAUCAGCUUGGGAUUACGGGAUACAGCCGGCCAAGAAGAUUAUGACCGCCUAAGACCACUAUCCUACCCACAGACUGACGUAUUUUUGAUUUGUUUCUCGAUCGUGAGCCCACCCUCUUUCGAUAACGUCAAAGCCAAGUGGUUUCCCGAGAUCGAACACCAUGCACCUAAUGUCCCCAUCAUCCUUGUUGGCACCAAACUUGACCUAAGAGAUGACCGCACGACUACGGAAGCCCUCCGAGCCAGGAAGAUGGAACCCGUCUCUUACGAACAGGCCUUGACCGUGGCCAAGGAGAUUCGUGCGCACAAAUAUCUAGAGUGCUCUGCGUUGACACAGCGCAAUUUGAAGAGUGUGUUUGAUGAGGCGAUCCGUGCUGUCCUUAACCCCCGCCCUCUCACGAAAUCAGGGCGGAAGAACAAAUGCGAGAUCUUGUAA